UCCAGGACAGGUUUGGGAACCACUGGUGACAGGCUGCGAGAUGUACGGCAAGCAGAUGGAGUCCGCCGCUGGUAUCGAGGAGCUGACGGACGAGGAGAAGGAAAUUAUAAAUGGCGUGCUGGCGAGAGCCAAGAUGAUGGAGGCCAUGGAGCAAGAGAGGAUUGGGCGUCUGGUAAAUCGCCUGGACAGCAUGAAGCGGACGGCCUGUGGUGACGGCUACUCGCGUUGUUUACUCUGCAGCCAGCAGUUCGGCCUGGCGGGCGUCAGCGCGGUCGUGUGCGCCGAGUGUAAAAAGAACAUGUGCACCAAGUGUGGCGUUCAAAGCGUCAGUCAUUCCAGUCCAAUAUGGCUGUGCAAAAUCUGCAGCGAGCACAAAGAGGAGGAAAUGAGGCUUAUGAUUGCAGUAUCAUUUUCCCGUUUUCUCCCAUGCUCAGCAGAAACGAUGCCCCCUAAACGAGACGAGCAUUCUGUCUUAUCCCAAAGAGCCCUAGAAGCAGACAGAGGUAGACAGUCUAUGAGCAGGAGCACAGUUCAGUCUGACGUCGCCGUGGAAGGACAAACUUACUCACCUGUGGUGAAGAGAGAAGUACCGGUUAUGAGCUCCAAACCUCCGAUGUCCACCUUUUCCACGACUCCCAUACAAAAAGAUCCUGUGAGUCGAUCGGAGGCCAGGGCACCACCUGCUAUGCAGACCGACGCACGUUUACCAGCUGCCAACAGCGUUCCCGCUUCACGCCAGCCACCACCCCCCACUGCAGAGGAUGAAGAGGACGCCAACAGCUAUGACUCUGAUGAUGCCACCACUCUGGGCAUGUUGGAGUUCAGUCUGCUCUACGAGGAGGAGAAAAACGAACUGCAGUGCAAUAUAAUCAAAGCAAAGGGUCUCAAGCCCAUGGACUCCAAUGGUCUGGCUGAUCCUUAUGUGAAACUGCACUUGCUUCCAGGAGCCAGUAAGUCUAACAAGCUAAGAACAAAGACGAUUCGUACCACCUUGAACCCUGUGUGGAACGAGACCCUUGUUUAUCAUGGCAUCACUAAUGAAGACAUGCAGAAAAAGACUCUCAGGCUUUCUGUCAGUGAUGAGGACAAGUUCGGCCAUAAUGAGUUUAUCGGCGAGACGCGGGUGGUCUUGAAAAAACUGAAGCUGAACCAGAAGAAGACCUACAAUGUGUGUCUUGAGAGAGUGAUUCCGGUGAGACGUACUGCUGGCGCAGGUGCAUCUCGUGGCAUGGCGCUCUAUGAGGAGGAGUUGAAGGACGAUGAAGAGGGAGGGGAGAGGGGACGUAUCUUGAUUUCUCUCACUUACAACAGCCAGCAGAGUCGUCUGAUUGUGGGUGUAGUUCGAUGUGCUCAUCUGGCAGCAAUGGACGCGAAUGGCUAUUCGGACCCCUUUGUAAAGAUUUCCUUGAAGCCUGACAUGGGAAAGAAAGCAAAGUAUAAAACUCAGAUCAAGAAGAAGACACUUAACCCUGAGUUUAAUGAGGAGUUCAGCUAUGAAGUCAAGCAUGCUGAACUGGCAAAGAAGACUUUGGACAUCUCUGUCUGGGAUUAUGACAUGGGAAAAUCUAACGAUUUCAUAGGUGGAUGCCAGCUUGGUAUCACCGCUAAGGGUGAAUGUCUGAAGCACUGGUAUGAAUGUCUGAAGAACAAGGACAAGAAGAUCGAACGCUGGCAUGUUCUGUUGAAUCAAAACAACACUGAGGCUGAUGACUGAGGUGUCAUAUCUCCAAAGAUGACAGUAUACGGUUCCAUCUUCCAAACAAAGUAAUCUUGCUUCCAAGCUCAAACUGCUGAUAAUGUAUACUUUCGAUUCUUUGUCUUUGCUCUCCUGAAACCCUGUGAUGAGCUAUAGUUGUCCAACUGAGAAAAACCUAGAAAACCCAGUUACUUUGUUUUUUGGUGGGAAAAAAACAAGUGUAUGAUAUUUUUUCACUCAGUAAAUGCCUUAAAGAACAAAACCUCAUGAAUACGGAUGUGACGCAAAUAUAUUAGUCAUUAAACCCUGCAACCAAAUCUACUCAAGGACACUGGGGAAAAAAAUG